CACCAAGGAGGAGGAGCCCCAGAAGGAGGCACCAGAGGAGCCUGCCAAUUCCAGCUCCGACGAGGAUGAGUACGACGAUAUAGACGACGACGAGGAUGAGGCAAUGGAUGAGGGCGAGGAGCCGACCGUUUGUCUGUUUUGCACCGAAACCUCCCCAAAUAUAUCGACUGCCAUCGACCAUUUGGACGCCCGGCACAAGGUUAAUCUGUCGCAGCUUCAGCGGAAAUUCCAAAUGGACCAGUAUUCCUUCAUCAAACUGAUAAACUACAUAAGAGCCAGCCAGAUCAGCGCCGAGCAGUUGCUCUCCGCGGAGCAGGCGGUGUGGCAGGAUGAGAAGUACCUCAAGCCGGGAGAUUACGAGCCCUGGCUGUGCUACGACUAUGAAGUCCUCAGGACAGAUACAGCCACUCCGGCCCAGGCUACUUUGCCCGAGCUGCAGCAGCGGAUUGCAGAGCAAUCCCAACUGCUGCAACAGGCCAACGAGGACAUGGAACGCAUGCGCAACGACUACAAGGAGCUGCUGCAGAAGGUCCACAGUGACGUCGAACCCAAGGGUUCCAGCAAUUCCGUACCGCGUAACAAUCCCAGCCUGGACAACGAGUACUUCAAAAGCUACUCGCACUUUGGCAUCCACCACGAAAUGCUGAGCGAUAAGGUGCGAACCAGCACCUAUCGCGCAUCCCUGCUUCAAAACGAGGCAGUUGUUCGUGGCAAGACAGUACUGGAUGUGGGCUGCGGCACGGGAAUCCUCUCCAUCUUCGCCUCCAAGGCGGGAGCUGCCCGCGUCGUCGGUAUAGACAACUCUGAAAUCGUGUACACGGCCAUGGAUAUCAUCAGAAAAAACAAAGUGGAGAAUGUUCAGCUGAUUAAGGGACGGCUGGAGGAUACUGAUCUGCCAGAGGAGAAAUACGACAUCAUUAUCUCCGAGUGGAUGGGCUAUUUCCUGCUGUACGAGUCCAUGCUGGACAGCAUUAUCUAUGCCCGCGAGCAUCACCUUAACCCCAAUGGCAUCAUCCUGCCCAGUCGCUGCACCCUCAGCCUUUUGGGCUACGGCAACGAUACGCUUUAUGCCGAGCAAGUCGAGUUCUGGUCCAACGUUUACGGGGUGGACAUGAGCGAUCUGCGCAAGCGUUCCAUCGAGGAGCCGCUCAUGGAGGUGGUGGACCCUGAAUUUAUGCUAACGGAUCCCGAACAGAUAGCAAACUUUGACAUAAUGACCGUAGAUCUUAACUAUCCCAACUUUAGUCAUCAGUUUAGCUUGAAGGUCACGAAAGCGGGUAGAUUAUCCGCCUUUGUGGGCUAUUUUGAUACGCUUUUUGAACUGCCCUCCGCCGUCGAGUUCAGCACAUCACCAACUGCGACGCCCACCCAUUGGAAGCAGACGGUUUUCUUCAUUGACCAGCCACAGAAUGUCAAAGAGGGAGACGUCAUCAAGGGAAAAAUCACAUCGAGAAGGCAUAAGGAGGACAUCAGAGCACUCAGUGUGGAUAUAGAAGUAUUUGGCAAAAAGCACAAAUACAUGGUAGUUUAAUGUAUUCGAAUAGAACAUAAUAAA